CCCUUCCUCCCCCUUGUUCCACCUCACCCUAACCCUGGCCUGGCCCCGUCCCACGAAUUCCAAGGAGGCACGGGAGGGGGCCAUGCCCAUGCAUGCAUGCGGCUGAGGCGGUGAUCACCGGCGGAUCAUAUCGGAGAUGAUGAAGGGGAGGUGGCCGCCGUUCAACAAGAAGAACCAUCUCCCUCGGAGCAACGUCUCCGACGCGUCCUCCACCACUUCAGCCGCUGCCAUCGCCGUCACCACCCACCGCCUCUAUCAAGUCUGGAGGGGCAGGAACAGAUUCCUGUGCGGCGGGCGGCUCAUCUUCGGCCCGGACGCCAACUCCAUCGUGCUCACCGUGUCGCUCAUCAUGACGCCGCUCGCUCUCUUCGUCGCCUUCGUCUCCUUCCGCCUCGCCGACCUCAUUGGGAAGCCGCUUGGCCAGCUCGUCCCGGCGGUCGCCAUCGCCGUCGGCGUGUUCGACGUGAUCGUGCUGUUGCUGACGUCGGGGCGGGACCCGGGGAUCAUCCCGCGGAACCUGCGGCCGCCGGAGCCCGACGACACCGGCUCCCCGGCGGCGGGCGGCGGCGGCGGGUCGCUCCCGCCGACGCGCGACGUGUACGUGAACGGCGUGGUGGUGAAGGUGAAGUACUGCCACACCUGCCUCCUCUACCGCCCGCCGCGCUGCUCCCACUGCUCCGUCUGCAACAACUGCGUCGAGCGCUUCGACCACCACUGCCCCUGGGUCGGCCAGUGCAUCGGCAAGAGGAACUACAGGUUCUUCUUCAUGUUCAUCUCGUCGACGACGUUCCUGUGCCUGUACGUGUUCGGCUUCUGCUGGGUGAACCUGGUGCUGAUCGGGAGGAAGAACGGGUCCGGCCUGGGGCGCGCCGUCGUGGAGUCGCCGGUGUCGGGGCUCCUCAUCGCCUACACCUUCGUCACGGCGUGGUUCGUCGGCGGCCUCACCGCGUUCCACUCCUACCUCGUCUGCACCAACCAGACCACGUACGAGAACUUCCGGUACCGGUACGAGCGCAAGGCGAACCCGCACAACCGCGGCGUGGCGGCGAACGUCGCCGAGAUCUUCCUGUCGCCGAUCCCGGCGAGCAAGAACGACUUCCGGGCGAGGGUCGCCGUCGAGCACUACUACGCCGCCGCGGCCGGCCCCGGCGCGCAGUCGGGGCAGUACUACUACUCCUACUCCAUCGGCCCGCUCUCGUCGGAGUCCAAGGCCAGCUUCAACACCCGGGGGAGCCUCAGCUUCGACAUGGCCAAGGCCAGCUUCGACCUCCGCGGCGGCGGCGGCUACUCCGCCAAGCGCACCAGCGUCGACGUCUCCUCCUCCUCCUCCGACUUCGGCGACAUCUACGGCGGCGCCGGCGAGCAGCAGCCGCGGCACUCCAUCUUCGGCGACGGCGGCGGGAGGACGAGCACGAGCAUCAGCAGGAAGGCCGACGACGUCCCGGCGGAGUUCGGCCACUACGGCGCCGCCGCCGGCCGGCCUCGCGGGAGGGAGUUCGACCCGGUGUGACGCCGCCGCGGCCGCCAUUGUUGGGAGCUCCAUGCAACGCAAAAGCUAAUCAAUUCAUGUAGCGAAAUUUUGCUUCUUUUUUUUUUUUUUUUGCCCCUCCUACUCGUGUGUUUGGGUAAGAAAGUAGCUUUGGUUGAUCAGCUUCCUUAUGUUUGCUGAUGGGAGUAGUGGUUUUCAUAGCAUUCCACCACUACUUUUGUUAGCUUAAUUUAGUGAAGGUGAUGUACUACACACACAAACCUGCACACGCAUGGGUUUAAUUUUGUUUAGGACUGUGUAUAUGUAUAAACAAUGUCAUAAGUUGUCCAAAAAUUAUCUUUGGUAGGUAGGCCUUCUUUAGAACACAAGAGUUUGAUUCCUGUUAAAAAAACCUAUGAGGUCCUGGUGUUGUGUAUGAAAGAAAAUGAGGACAGCAAAAGGAAUGUGUU